AACUCUUGCUGCGCUCCGCCUCUAGUGUUUACGGUAGUGGAUCAACUCCCGUUUCUCAGCUGAUAUGACAUCCAUCCCCCGGCAGCCUGCUGCACCAGACCGCCGGGCUACAGCCCAUCGCUCACUUCACCAUUAGCAGGGCAGCAUCAGUGAACCAACCUAAAGGAUGUUAGACAACGAAGAGUUCAUGCUGGAGAACUCCCCGCGGGAGCUGACCCAGAACCCGCUGAGGAAGAUCUGGAUGCCGUGCAGGAGCGCGCAUAUCGCGCAGAGAGGCGUGUGCAUGACAAACUGCCCGACCCUCAUCGUGACGGUUGGACUUCCAGCUCGAGGGAAGACCUACAUCUCAAAGAAGCUCACACGCUACUUGAACUGGAUAGGUGUGCCAACUAAAGAGUUCAACGUUGGCCAGUACCGGAGGGAGUGUCUGAAGAUCUACAAGUCCUUUGAGUUCUUCCGUCCAGAUAACGAGGAGGGGUUGAAAAUCAGACGUCAGUGUGCGUUAGCUGCACUCAACGAUGUCCGGCAGUACCUGAGUGUGGAAGGAGGACAGGUGGCGGUGUUUGAUGCCACAAAUACAACAAGAGAACGAAGAGGGACCAUCGUCAAGUUUGCUGAGCAGAAUGGCUUUAAGGUGUUCUUUGUGGAGUCUGUGUGUGAAGACCCAGAUGUCAUUGCACAAAAUAUAGUGCAAGUUAAGUUGGACAGCCCAGAUUACAUACACUGCAACACAGAGGAGGCCAUCGAGGACUUCAUGAAGAGGAUCAAGUGCUACGAGUCUUCCUACCAGCCUCUGGACGAGGUUCUGGACAGGGAUCUCUCCUACAUAAAGAUCAUCGACGUGGGCUGUCGUUUCCUGGUGAACCGCGUCCUUGACCACGUCCAAAGCAGGAUCGUCUACUACCUGAUGAACAUCCACAUCACGCCACGCUCCAUCUACCUGUGCCGCCACGGGGAGAGCGACCUGAACAUCAAGGGCCGGAUCGGAGGAGACUCUGCUCUGUCUGCCAGAGGAAAAGAGUAUGCCAAAUGUCUGAGGAAGUUCAUCCAGGAACAGAACAUCACAGAUCUGAAAGUGUGGACGAGCCAGAUGAAGCGGACCAUCCAGACGGCGGAGAGCCUGGGAGUGCCGUACGAACAGUGGAAGUCUCUCAACGAAAUAGAUGCUGGUGUGUGUGAGGAAAUGAUGUACGAGGAGAUCCAGGAGCAUUUCCCUCUGGAGUUUGCACUGAGAGACCAAGACAAGUACCGCUACCGCUAUCCCAAAGGAGAGUCUUAUGAAGACCUGGUGCAGCGCCUGGAGCCUGUGAUCAUGGAGCUGGAGAGGCAGGAGAACGUUCUGGUGGUUUGUCACCAGGCCGUAAUGCGGUGUCUUCUUGCAUAUUUCCUGGACAAGACUGCAGACGAGUUGCCUUAUCUCAAGUGCCCUUUGCACACGGUGUUGAAGUUGACCCCCAUGGCCUACGGAUGCAAAGUGGAGUCUGUGUAUUUAGGCGUGGACUCGGUGAACACACACAGAGACAGACCCGAGAAUGUGAGAGCGCAGCGCACGACAGAAGACGCUCUGCUGACGGUCCCAGCUCACCUCUGAUCUCUGACCUCUGACCUUCCUCCGGGUCUCUGAACUGCAUCAAGGUUCAAACUGCAAAGCACUUUCACUAAACGUAAUCCAUUUUUAUACGUCUUGUUUUGUUGUGAACUGAACUCCUACUGUAGCUUAACUCCCUGUGAGAAAAACUAAAGAAUAUGCCAAUAUUUUUGAUAAAUGGGUUUACUUUUAAUGUUGCAAUGAUUAUAUCCCCUUAACUUUCAGCACCUUUUUCCAUGAUAUUAUUUAUAUUCCACUGUAUAUUGUGAAAGGUAUACUGCCAUAUAAUCCAAGUUUCUCUGAAGAAGUCAAAGAGCUGUGAAGAGACUGUUACUACGAGAGAUUCUUGAUUAAAGUCUUAAAUCUCUGAGAUCAGAAACGUUUAAGAAGACAGCGUUUCCUUUGCUAGAUUUUAUAUACAAAAACAGCUAAAUUUCUCUCAGUGUGUAAACUCUGAGUAAAAAUAUUGAUAUAAAUCUUAAAACAUUCCAGAGGUGAAGACGAAAUCCUUUCCCCACACAGGACGUAAUACACUGUAAACGGAAGUGACACAGAUGCAGCAGAUGUCCUGUAUCACACAUCUUGGGACGAGGCUCUGCUAGGAUAAAGUGAAAUGCUAAUACAAAUCUUCGGUGUGAAGUCAGUCGCUUUCGAUUGAACAAUAAUGUGAUCAUUCAAACAAAUGCCUUUCUGGAGUAUAAAAACAACUGUGUACACGCAUGUUUGUUUGAUGUACGUUUUCUGUUGGAAUUACCAUGCAAUAUAUGUUUUUAUUUUAAAGAACUAUGUAUAAUUUCUGUAAUAUUAUCCAUUUAAUAUUGUCCAUUUCUGUGCUCAAAAUAUAAUUCCAAAUGCCUUGUUUGUCUCCAGCCGUGAAACAUUCAAUAAACCCUCGAUUUUUGAGGUAACCAAA